GAACGGUCGCUGGUCGGUACUCUGUCACCAUCUUGUAACUUCAAACUGCGCGCCAAAUGUGUUGUGAUUAACUUUGAAAUGUAUUCUUAGUGUUUCAGUGGGUUUCAAGUGCUACAUAUACCAGCACAUUUGUUUUCAGUACUACUGUGUAUAUGAUAUAUUUGGCGAUUGCUUGUGGUUAGUGAGUGUUUGUUUUCGUCUUUCAACUGUCUUUGCCGGAUACGUUUUUUAGAACAUGAUGCGGCUGCGAGUCAAAAUAUUUUUUUGAUCAAAAGAAAAAAACUGGACUCAUGUUUGGAAACAGAUUAAUGAGAUAAAUAUAUCGAUGAAGCCGAAUCCGUCGAGUUAGUCGAUACCGAUCGCCAACCGAGGUACCAAAACUCCGGUACCUCUGAAACCGAUGUCCAAUGAAACUGGUAUCAAGGCAGAGACCGCGCAAGUUAGCGAUGGGGUAGCUAAAACCGAGACCAAAGGUACCGAAACCAAGGAGAAAGAGGGAAAACAGAGAUCGGUGUCAUUUAAUAGGGACGUACACGUGAAACGAUUCGGUAAACCGCGUGAGCGGGGAACCUCAUCUGACCAGCCACCAUCAAUACGAAAAGAACCUUUUACACAUCUAUCCGAGAAGGAACUAAUAGACGAAGCUAACAAAGUUAUUGCUCAGGCUCAAAGUGUAACUUGCACAUCGAAUCAUCCACCUGAAAAAUUCUUCUCCCUACCUCAUAGAAGAAAGUUUAGAGAAGACAAAUCUGUAAAUGUUGACGAAGCAGGCUCUCUUGUAAGUGUCGGAAAAACUCCACUCGGAAGGUCAACUAGUGAUGUAAGUCCAAAAAGAAAAAAGGAACGAACAUCACUAUCAACCCUUUUCCGAAGAGCACAUCGAACUAAAAGCCCUGAUUCACCAGUUGUCGUCACUACAAAACCUGCUGUAAUAGUUAAAAGAAGUAAAAGUGACGUGUCUGAUUUAAAAUCAAACACUAAUCUUAAUAAGAAUAAACCUAUUCGUAAACGAUCGGGAAGUGAAACAGAAGAAUUUCUUAAAUCGUUACGAAAUAAGAAAACUCAACUUUCCCCUAUAAUUGAAAGUUCACCUCGUGAAGAUUAUUUCAAAAAGAUUUCACCGUUAGAUUUAUUACAUAAAGAUUCCGAAAAAGGGGCCAGUAAAUUAUUGGAAGACCAACUUUCAAUAGAAAGUAAAAAAGUAAAUCCAAUUGAAAAACCACCUCGAGUUAAACCUCUAGAUAAACAAGAACAGAAACUAGAUCAAAUUAAAAGCGAUAAAGCACCAGAGAAAGAACAGUCUCCACCAAUAACAGAGACACCUAAACGAUCAACUGAAAUAAAAAAGACUAAUCUCAUUGAUGAAAUAGAUUUUUCUAAGACGAAAGAAGCACCCAUCGAGGUAAAAGAUAGAAUAAAAGACAGCAUCAGAAAACUCGAAGAAAACGUUUAUGGUGAAAGUGAGAUGAAACAUAGUAGCCAACAGCCACCAGAAAAGCCACCACUAACCAGGGGUCAAACCGUUGAUCAUAUUGUGCGUAUACUAAAGAAAGAUCAACAUUCCCCGCCUCCUAAGUCUCAGUUAAUUUCGCCGUCAAACGGCACUAAUAUUAAUCAACCAUUUUCAUAUACAAAACCCAGUGCUAGUCCUGAUCCUAAUUUAUUCAUUAGGGCUACUAGUCCUGAUAGAGUACCAAGUCCUGUAAACAAGAUGACAGAUAAGGGCAUAGUUUACGCUCAAGUUAUUAGAGAUAACGGUGAUAACCGUCCUCAAUUUCCUAAGCAAACAAUGCACAAAACUUUUUCUCCACCUAGAGAUAAGUAUGGUAAUAUAUCUGAUGAAGACGAGGGUCUUGGCUAUGAGGAGAGGUAUAAAUAUUCAGCAGAGCGAAUUAAUGAUUACGAACGAAAUAACAAAAAUAAUGACAGUGGUUAUAACAUUAACGGUAGUUUUAAUAUAAAAGAAUCACCCAUUAGGCCCAGGUUUAGAGAAUAUAAACUAAUGAGUUUUGAGGACUUUGAACCAACUUAUGCUAAUGGUUGUGCAGACAAAGAAUCUGAAAUCCAUAAGCCCUUACACAGUUACAGGGGUAGAGCUGAUGGGAUGGACACUAAGAAAAAGAUAUUUGAAUCAGAUACGAAAAUAGACUUAGAUUUUAAUGAAUUAAGUCACAGAAGAGAGCUUUUGGAGUCUCGUCUGAAUGCAAGACGAUACGAACGCGAGAGAAUUAAUUUAAACGAACCCAUUACUAAGUAUAUUGUAGAAAAUGAUCCUAUUUACGAAGCAGAAAAGCGUAUGAAGCAAACGGAAAAAUACGUUAAUGAUACUGUAAAAUACUAUCGCCAUACGCUUGAAAGAGACGGUUUUGAAAGUACUAUUGGAGAAGAUUACAAAUAUGACAUUGAUAGUCAAAAAGUUAAAUAUAAUACAGAAUCGCGUUCUUUUCAAAAAGUUCCUAAAGGUGAAAUAGAUAGACGUGAGUUCAUUGACAACUUAGAACCCGGCAGAUAUAAGGAAGACAGGAAAGAAUUUCCACCAGAACCUGAGUAUGAACCACCUAGCCUUGAAUCUAAUCCUGGCAAACCUAUAGCAUCCCCAAAUGAAUACAAUGAAAAAAAGUACAGAGUAAAAAAACACUUUACGUCUAGUCAUGAUAUCGUCCAAGGCGCUCAAAGGUAUAAAAUAAAAGAUGAUUGGUUUGGUAAAAGGAAAGGUCAUUACGCAUCUAAUCCUGAAAUAGCGCAAGAGAGAGAAGAUGACUACGCUAAUCUAGGCUAUAACUCCAAGCACGAAUCAUAUCAUAAUUCCUUACGCCGUGUUAAAAGCAAAGACAAAGACAUCAAGACUCAUGACAGCAUACGCAGGCAUGAUUCGGGUGAUAGCAGGGACUACUACCGAGAAGAAAAAUCGCCACGACGUUUUGAUUUUGACAGUCGUUUAGUCGAUUCUGGAAUUGAGAAUGACUUUAGACAUAAUUCAACUGGAGAAAUCUAUAGGUCCAGGCAUAGACGUCAUGAAAGUGAUGAUGAUGCCCAAAAUACAUCUUUGUUUUUAGCUAGCGAAAGACAACAUACAGAAGAUAAUUAUCCGAGUGAACAAAUAUAUGCAAAUGGAGAGCAUUUGGCAAACUAUAAAGGUUACAGGGAAGACAAUAGAAAGGAUUUUAUUCCUAGAGAUAGAAGCGCUGAAGAUGGUUUACUCUUAACGCCUAAGGUACAUCGUUAUGAAAAAAGUCCGAGCAGAUAUGAUGAUAAAGUGAGUGCGAAGCCACCGAAAAUGACUAAAAAGCUUUCUGGACUUGAAAAGAUGAAACAGCUGUUCUCUCGCGACUCUUCUAAGAAGAGCAAGAAAGAGAAAGAAGUUGUCCAGCCAAAAACUCGCACUCGGGUGCUCAAGAGCCCUGAACAUCUUGCCAAAGACGAUCCCGAGUAUAGAAGGUACACCGAUCCAGAGCCUAGCGACCUCGACGUGAGAAAAAGAGAGGAUCCCAUAGAAGAAAAGAGGUAUAGGCGGUCGAGGGAAGAUCUAGAUAGAUACAGAAGCUCGGAUCCUCGUGAGAGCACAGAAAAAAGGAGAGAAGAGAGAUUGGAAAGAACUUCAAAAGAAAACAGGCGCUAUAAAGAGCACCGCGAGGACAAGAGACGUUACAACUCGUCUGACAGAGACAGUGAUCAUCGUCCUUCAGACGCUGAAAGUGACCGACGAAGAACCAGAUCUCACACGGCUGGACCUUUGGAUUCACCAGCUUUGGCUGAAAGAUACCGCGAGAGACGCAGAUUGGCGACUCCCAGUCCUACUCCAUCUCCACCGCGUCGUGAGCCUGCACCUCAAUCCUCAGGCAACUGGUUCAAGUCCAUCGACAGGCUGGGCAAGAAGCGAGAGAAGAACGCUAAGGUCGAAAAAGAAAGCGUGAUUACCACAGAAGACGAAUCAAGUCGUCGUGUCUGGUCCAAACCAAGUAAACCAUUAAACUCCCCAGCGAAAAAUCUUCGUUUCUUCGGUGACACCGACCAUGAAUCGGACACAAACACGAAACGGUCCGUUACUAAAACCAAGAGCCACCCAACGAAAAGCCAUGGAACUCUACGAAAGACCAUAUCCAAUUCCAGUGCUGGUCUCGAUGAAGUCGACCACAGUGAGUUAUCAAGCAAAAGUUACUCUUUAUCAAACCUUCAUAAAGAUAAAAGCGAGUCACCAAAAACAAAGGAAUAUUAUAAAAGGAACUUGAAGAACAUAUCGGAGGUCCAAAGUAAUUCAGAGAGCGAGAGCCAGUUCGGAAAGAAAAUGGCGGCCAAACCUCCUAUCAGUCCAUAUGAAAGGUCCAGGAGUCAUAGUAGCUCGAAGACUCUAAAAGCAAGUAAAGGAGACAUGAGGAGGCAUAGGGGUGACGACAGAGGGAGUUCUUCAGAAUUGAGAAGUAGUAAACCGGAGCUGAACAGGGAUUUAAAACCACAUCGCCGCACUCCGGUAGCUCACUCCGGCGAGAGCAGCACAGAGGGAGACUCUAGCCACCAGUCGCAGCGGAGCGUAGUCUAUCUACAUGCCACCACUGUCGGAGACAUCCCAGAUCCAGGCCGUGUAACGCGCCACCGAUCUAGAGACGACGUCUCCUCGGUCAUGUCUUCGAACAUCCAGGUUCGAAGCACAACCAAAAGUUUUUCUCUCUUUGCGCCAUGGACUCCGCGCCACCACAACGAUCAGUACGACGUUCACUACGCACAGAAACCGCGCAAAGCGAAAAAAGAAGUAAGAAAAGAAGAUAAACCGUUACAGAAGAAAUCCUACAGCCAGACAACCCUGAAUCGACGCCCGAACAGUCAAAACCGACUAACAAGUUCAAGUACCACACUUUACCGCCAAAAGAGGGGAAAGGAGAACGAUAUAUCGCAAGGUACGAUAUCACGUAGGGGUCCGACUGAGAAGAAAAGUCAAUCAAGCGAGAUACUAAAUAGGGAUGAUCGUGAAAGAGUUUCCCGAUCGAUAUCCAUACCGAAGGAUAAAAAGGCAGGGUGGUUUAAAUUGUCGAAAACUAAAAAGCAAGAGAAUACCCGUGUGCGAUAAAUAAGAAACUGAAAUUUCUAAGUUUUGUAAAGAAAUUAUAGUUAUAUUUUGUAAAGUAAAUUAUAAAAACUAAUCGUUUAUAUAUACACCGGGGCGUUCUUAAAAGAGGAUCGUGGACUUUCCAUUUUUAAUAAAAUAUUAUACAAAAUGUAUGUAUACAACAAUUUAUUUUAAUUCAUAAAUAAUUAAUUGCUUCUAAUGUUAUUAUUUGUAUAACUUUACUUCCUAAUCGACUAAAUUAUAAAUCGUAAUUUAAUAAUUAAGAAAGGUUACUCAUAGUGCCAUUGCAAUAAAACUUAAACGUUACCAAUUCUUAGAUUUAUAGUCAGUUUUAAUUUUAAAUUCAUGUAACAAACUUCUUCUAUUUUCCUUACAAUAAGCAAAUAGUAGAUAGGUUUAUGUACUUUUAUAUUAUUAUUUGCUUCGGGAUCUCUACUUAUAAAACACCUAAUUAAUGCAGUUAUAUUUCGUAAGAACGAUGAAGAUAUUGGCGUUAUAGAGUUGCUUAUGUAAACAAAAAAUAUUAAUAUUGU